AUGGGAAAGGACGGCGAGACGAAGGGGAAGCGGUGUGCUGGGAGGCGUCCCGAGAAUGUCGGCGUGGUGCUGCCGGCGCAGGCCUGCGGCGAGACGCUGUACGCCCUGCUGCGCGUCGCCGAGGACUGCGACGACUCGGAGCUGCGCGCCGCCUACAGGCAGCGGGCGCUGGAGGAACAUCCGGACAAGGGCGGCAGCCAGGAGAGGUUCGACGAGAUCACCCGCGCCUGGGGGAUCCUGGAGAACGCCGACCGCCGAGACGCAUACGACGCGGAGCUCUCCAAGGGGCGGGCCCGUGCCCAGCUCGUGGAGGGCGGGCCAGCGAGGCCGCGGGAGGCGGGAGGGGCCGAGCAGAGGCAGGACCUCACGAAGAAGACGGCGCCGCGCAUAGGCUCCGUGAGGAACAAGGACAACCGGCGGUGCGAGAGCCAGUGGAUCGGCGAGACGUCGGGUGGCGCCAUGGUGGCACAGAUCCGGCUGGCCAUUCAGGACGAUCAGGCGAGCCAUGCCGUCGCAGAUCCAGGAGAGCUGGUCACAGACCAGGCUUCCAGCCGAGAGCGGCCCGAGAAGCCUCCGGACGAGCUGGUGGAGGCCCUGUGGGAGAAGUUCGUCACGCUGAACCCUGGCGUGAAGAAGCAGUGGCUGGGCACCCUUUCUGGCAGGCAGAGGCAAGCCUUGAAGGAUCGCGCCAAGGUGCAGGAGGCGAAAGAUCUGGAAAAGAAGAAGGCGUGGCUGUCGGGCAAGUCGGGCAAGAGGUAG